CUGUAGCUGUCUGAUGAUGGAGAUCCAGGACCAAGUGGAGCUCUGUUUUCCACAUCUCCUCAACACAUCCUGCAGGAAGCCCACACUUCACUGGUCUGAAGCUGUGCUCCUGAACAUUCUGCUAUCGUCCAUCUCUGUGAUCACGGUGGUUCUCAACUUGCUGGUCAUCAUCUCAGUCUCCCACUUCAGGCAGCUUCACACACCCACUAACAUCCUCCUCCUCUCUCUGGCUGUGUCAGACUUUCUUGUGGGCCUGCUCUUGAUGCCGGUAGAAAUCUUUAGGAAAACAGCUUGCUGGGUAUUUGGAGAUACCAUAUGUGUUUUUUAUUGUUUACUCUCCUCGACCAUUAUCUGCGUUUCAGUAGGACAAGUAGUCCUCAUAUCAGUCGACCGUUAUGUGGCUAUUUGUCAUCCUCUGCAUUACCUCACCAGAGUCACUGUGUCAAGAAUCAGACUCAGUGUGUGUCUAUGUUGGCUCUGUUGUGCUUUGUACAGCAGUUAUUAUGUGAAGGAUGUCCUGACUCAACCAGGCAAAAGUAAAUCCUGCUAUGGAGAAUGUGUUUUAACCGUAGACAACAUAACAGCAUCUGUUGAUGCUGUUUUAAAUUUCAGUAUCACAGUUGCUGGUAUCAUAGUUCUCUAUCUGAGAGUAUUUGUGGUGGCUGUGUCUCAGGCUCGUGCCAUGCGCUCUCUUGUUACAGCUGUCACAGUCCAGAUACUGAAGCCUGGGUCCCGUGAGGUCAACAUACUGGAGAGAGACUGUUAA